AUGGCAACGCCUCUGGCCGAUUGGGUUUGGCGGUCGCAGCAGCAGCCGCAUCAACAGUUGCUGCCGCAGCAACAGCAGCAACUUCAGGCCCCACGAUUUACCACGCAUCCAUCGUCCUCGGGGUCGAUUGUGAGCGAAGGAAGCACCAAGAUACUACAGUGUCAUGCGUUGGGAUACCCGCAGCCCACAUAUCGAUGGCUAAAGGAUGGCGUCCCCGUGGGCGACUUCUCGUCCAGCCAGUUCUAUCGCUUCCACAGCACCCGGCGUGAGGAUGCGGGUAGCUAUCAGUGCAUUGCCAAGAACGAUGCCGGAUCCAUAUUCAGUGAGAAGAGCGAUGUUGUUGUGGCCUACAUGGGCAUCUUUGAGAAUACCACCGAGGGUCGCCUUACCGUGACCAGUGGACACCCGGCCAUUUUUGAUAUGCCUGCCAUUGACUCGGUGCCGGUGCCAUCGGUGAUGUGGCAAUCGGAGGACGGUCCCUUGAACUAUGACAUCAAGUAUGCCUUCACCCAGGCCAAUCAGUUGAUUAUCCUGAGUGCCGACGAGAAUGACCGAAGGGGCUACAGGGCCAAGGCGAUCAACACGCAGCUGGGCAAGGAGGAGAGCAGCGCCUUUGUCCAUUUGAAUGUCAGCGGAGAUCCGUACAUUGAGGUGGCACCGGAGAUUAUUGUCCGGCCGCAGGAUAUCAAGGUGAAGCUUGGCACCGGCGUUGUCGAACUACAGUGCAUUGCCAAUGCCCGUCCUUUGCACGAAUUGGAAACAUUGUGGCUCAAGGAUGGUUUGGCCGUGGAAACGGCCGGCGUAAGGCACACCCUCAACGAUCCCUGGAAUCGCACAUUGGCCCUGCUCCAGGUGAAUAGCUCUCAUUCCGGGGAGUACACCUGCCAGGUGCGAUUGCGCAGCGGUGGCUAUCCGGCUGUCACGGCCACAGCUCGUCUUCAGAUCCUGGAACCACCUGUGUUCUUUACACCCAUGCGAGCAGAGACCUUCGGGGAGUUCGGGGGACAGGUGCAGCUUCCCUGCGAUGUGGUGGGUGAGCCCACGCCCCAGGUCAAGUGGUUUAGGAAUGCCGAGUCCGUGGAUCCGCAUAUCGAGAGCGGCAGAUACUCACUGAGCACGGAUAAUACGCUGGUAAUUAAGAAACUAAUCCUGGAUGAUGCCGCCAUGUUCCAGUGCCUGGCCACCAACGAAGCCGGCGAGAACUCAGCCAGCACUUGGCUAAGAGUGAAAACCUCGGCUCCUGUGUUGGAACAACCCCCCCAGAAUGUCACAGCCUUGGAUGGCAAGGAUGCCACCAUAUCCUGCCGGGCUGUGGGCUCCCCGAAUCCCAAUAUAACCUGGAUAUACAAUGAGACCCAACUGGUGGAGAUAUCCAGCCGGGUGCAGAUACUCGAAUCGGGUGAUUUGCUCAUCUCGAAUAUUCGAUCCUCGGACGCCGGUCUCUACAUUUGUGUGAGGGCCAACGAGGCGGGCAGCGUCAAGGGCGAGGCCUAUCUGAGUGUCCUAGUGCGGACACAAAUCAUCCAGCCGCCGGUGGACACAACGGUGCUGCUCGGGCUAACGGCCACGCUGCAAUGCAAGGUGUCCAGCGAUCCCAGUGUACCGUACAACAUCGACUGGUACCGCCAAGGACAGGCAUCGCCCAUCAGCAACUCCCAGCGCGUCGGUGUCCAGGCCGAUGGCCAACUGGAGAUCCAGGCGGUCCGGGCCAGCGAUGUUGGGAGCUAUGCGUGUGUGGUCACCUCGCCGGGAGGCAAUGAGACGCGGGCAGCCCGGCUCAGCGUCAUCGAGCUCCCGUUCCCGCCGAGCAAUGUGAAGGUGCAGCGAUUGCCGGAGCCGCAGCAGCGCAGCAUCAAUGUGUCCUGGACGCCGGGAUUCGAUGGCAACAGUCCAAUAUCCAAAUUUAUUAUCCAGCGACGUGAGGUCUCCGAAUUGGAAAAAUUCGUAGGUCCAGUUCCAGACCCGCUCCUCAACUGGAUCACCGAACUGAGCAAUGUCUCAGCGGAUCAACGUUGGAUAUUACUGGAGAACCUCAAGGCCGCCACCGUCUAUCAGUUCCGGGUUAGUGCCGUGAAUCGAGUGGGCGAGGGUUCGCCCUCGGAGCCCAGUAAUGUGGUCGAGCUGCCCCAGGAAGCUCCCUCUGGUCCACCGGUGGGCUUUGUGGGCUCCGCUCGCUCCAUGUCCGAGAUCAUUAGUCAGUGGCAACCGCCUCUGGAGGAGCAUCGCAAUGGCCAGAUCCUGGGCUAUAUCCUACGAUAUCGCCUCUUUGGCUACAACAACGUACCCUGGUCGUAUCAGAACAUCACAAACGAGGCCCAGCGCAAUUUUCUCAUCCAGGAGCUGAUCACCUGGAAGGAUUAUAUCGUUCAGAUAGCCGCCUACAACAACAUGGGCGUCGGCGUUUACACCGAGGGAUCCAAGAUCAAGACCAAAGAGGGUGUACCCGAAGCACCGCCCACCAAUGUCAAAGUGGAGGCCAUUAACUCAACGGCGGCCCGUUGCAGCUGGACACCACCGAAUCCGCAACAGAUCAAUGGCAUCAAUCAGGGCUACAAGAUCCAGGCCUGGCAGAGUCGCCUGGUCGAUGGAGAGUGGCGGGACUUUGAGAAGCGAAUGAUGACCGUGCCGCCGAGUUUGAUUGAUCCGCUGGCAGAGCAGACGACCAUAUUGGGUGGUCUGGAGAAGUACACCGAGUACAACAUCAGUGUGUUGUGCUUCACGGAUCCCGGCGAUGGAGUGGCCAGCGUUCAGGUGCCAGUGAUGACUCUAGACGAUGUCCCCGAUGAGGUGACGGCUCUGCACUUUGACGAUGUCUCCGAUCGUUCGGUUAAGGUGCUCUGGGCACCGCCACGUUCCGCCAACGGCAUCCUCACUGGUUAUACGGUUCGCUACCAGGUCAAGGAUCGACCUGACACUCUCAAAACAUUCAAUCUGACCGCCGAUGAUACGGAGUUGACGGUGAAUCAAUUGCAGGCCACAACGCACUAUUGGUUCGAGAUCUUUGCCUGGACCCGAGUGGGAAGUGGCACACCCAAAACGGCAACCAUUCAAUCCGGCGUGGAACCUGUCCUGCCACAUGCACCCACCAACCUGGCUUUGUCCAAUAUCGAAGCCUUCUCCGUGGUGUUGCAAUUCACGCCCGGCUUUGAUGGCAAUUCGAGCAUCACCAAAUGGAAGGUGGAGGGUCAGACCGCGAGGAACAUGACAUGGUUCACCAUUUGUGAGAUUAGUGACCCGGAUGCGGAGACUCUCACAGUGACCGGUCUGAUGCCAUUCACUCAGUACCGACUGCGACUGAGUGCCACCAAUGUGGUGGGCAGUUCCCGACCCUCAGAGGCCACCAAGGACUUCCAAACGAUCCAGGCCAGGCCCAGGCAUGCUCCUUUCAAUGUCACCGUUCGGGCAAUGAGUGCCCAGCAGCUGCGAGUUCGAUGGAUUCCGCUGCAGCAGACCGAGUGGUAUGGCAAUCCCAGAGGCUACAAUAUCUCGUACAAGCAGCUGGAGAAGACACCGGGCACCAUCAAGGGUGUGCCACGUUCGGUGGUGAUUGAGGAUCACACGGCCAACUCGCAUGUGCUGGAGGGUCUCGAGGAGUGGACCGUGUACGAGGUACAGAUGAAUGCCUGCAACGAUGUGGGUUGCUCCAAGGAGAGCGGCACGGCGGUGGAAAGGACACGCGAGGCGACGCCCAGCUAUGGCCCGUUGGAUGUCCAGGCGAAUGCCACCUCAUCCACCACGGUGGUGGUGCGUUGGGGCGAGGUUCCACGGCAGCAUCGCAACGGACAGAUCGAUGGCUACAAGGUGUUCUAUGCCGCCGCCGAUCGUGGCCAGCAGGUGCUGCACAAGACGAUACCCAGCAAUGCCUCGUUCACCACCACGCUCACGGAACUCAAGAAAUUCGUGGUUUACCAUGUCCAGGUGCUGGCCUACACCAGGCUGGGUAAUGGUGCUCUCAGUACGCCACCCAUCCGAGUGCAGACCUUUGAGGAUACCCCGGGAGUUCCCUCGAAUGUGAGCUUCCCGGAUGUCACGCUCUCGAUGGCUCGCAUCAUCUGGGACGUGCCCGUGGAUCCCAAUGGUGAGAUUCUGGCCUAUCAGGUGACCUACACCCUGAACGGCAGCGCCAUGCUGAACUACAGCCGUGAGUUUCCGCCCUCGGAUCGCACUUUCCGGGCCACCAGUUUGCUUCCGGAGAAGUACUACAGCUUCAGUGUGACAGCCCAGACGCGCCUUGGUUGGGGCAAGACGGCCACCGCCUUGGUCUACACAACAAACAACCGGGAGCGUCCGCAGCCGCCAUCAGUGCCGCAGGUGUCACGCAGCCAGAUCCAGGCGCAUCAGAUCACCUUCAACUGGACACCAGGACGGGAUGGAUUCGCUCCGCUGCGCUACUACACCGUGGAGAUGCGGGAGAACGAGGGCAGGUGGCAACCGCUGCCGGAGCGAGUGGAUCCGCUGCUCAGUUCGUACACGGCGCUCGGUUUGAGGCCGCACACCACCUACCAGUUCCGUAUUCAGGCCACCAAUGACCUGGGACCCUCGGCCUUUAGCCGGGAGAGUGUGGUGGUUAGGACUCUGCCGGCAGCUCCAGCUGUGGGUGUGGGAGGCCUCAAGGUGGUCCCGAUUACCACCACCUCGGUGCGUGUUCAGUGGAGUGCCCUGGAGACGGGCAUGUGGAAUGGUGAUGCGGCAACCGGUGGCUACAGGAUACUCUAUCAACAGCUCUCCGAUUUCCCCACUGCCCUGCAAUCCACCCCGAAGACCGAUGUUCAUGGCAUUAAUGAGAACAGUGUGGUGCUAUCGGAUCUCCAGCAGGAUCGCAACUAUGAGAUUGUUGUGCUGCCCUUCAAUUCCCAGGGUCCGGGACCAGCCACGCCUCCGGCGGCUGUUUAUGUGGGUGAGGCGGUGCCAACGGGGGAGCCCCGUGCCGUGGAUGCUGCACCAAUUUCCAGUACCGAAGUGCGAUUGCUGUGGAAGCCACCGAAGCAGAGCAUGCAGAAUGGAGAUAUCCUCGGCUACAAGAUCUUCUAUCUGGUCACCUAUUCGCCGCAGGCUCUGGAGCCUGGCCGGAAAUGGGAGGAGGAGAUCGAGGUGGUGUCGGCCACGGCCACAUCGCACAGUCUUGUGUUCCUGGACAAGUUCACCGAGUAUCGCAUUCAGUUGCUGGCCUUCAACCCCGCCGGAGAUGGCCCGCGCUCUGCUCCCAUUACUGUGAAGACGCUGCCGGGUGUGCCAAGUGCUCCUCUGAACUUACGAUUUGCGGACAUUACGAUGCAGAGCCUGGAGGUGUCUUGGGAUGCUCCGAAAUUCCUCAACGGCGAGAUUCUUGGCUAUCUGGUUACCUACGAGACCACCGAGGAGAAUGAGAAGUUCAGCAAGCAGGUGAAGCAGAAGGUGUCCAAUACCACACUCCGUGUCCUGAAUCUAGAGGAGGAGGUCACCUACACAUUCACUGUACGCGCCCAAACAACCGUGGACUAUGGUCCGGGAAUUAGUGAGAAUGUGACCACAGGACCCCAGGACGGUUCCCCGGUGGCGCCACGUGAUCUCAUCUUAACCAAGACGCUCUCCAGCGUCGAGAUGCACUGGAUCAAUGGACCCUCGGGUCGGGGUCCCAUUCUGGGCUACCUCAUCGAGGCGAAGAAGCGAGAAAAAGGAGAGCCAUCAUUUGUUUACGACUCCCGUUGGACAAAAAUCGAGCAAACAAAGAAGGGAAUGAUGCAGGACUUUACGGUCAGCUACCAUAUCCUGAUGCCCUCCACAGCGUACACGUUCCGUGUGAUUGCCUACAAUCGGUACGGCAUCUCGUUUCCGGUGUACUCCAAGGACUCCAUUCUGACGCCCUCGAAACUGCACCUGGAAUAUGGUUACCUGCAGCACAAACCCUUCUACCGACAGACCUGGUUCAUGGUCUCCCUGGCGGCCACCUCGAUUGUGAUCAUUGUGAUGGUCAUUGCCGUUCUGUGUGUCAAGAGCAAGAGCUACAAAUACAAACAGGAGGCACAAAAAACGCUGGAGGAAUCCAUGGCCAUGUCGAUUGAUGAGCGCCAGGAGCUGGCCUUGGAGCUGUAUCGCUCUCGGCACGGCGUCGGCACUGGUACAUUGAACAGUGUGGGAACUCUGCGCAGCGGCACCUUGGGAACUCUGGGCAGAAAGUCCACCAAUCGUCCGCCACCGGGUGUCCAGCUGGGCAAGAGUCCGCCACGUCCCUCGCCCGCCUCGGUGGCAUAUCACAGCGAUGAGGAGAGCCUCAAGUGCUACGACGAGAAUCCGGACGAUAGCAGCGUGACCGAGAAGCCAUCGGAGGUCAGCAGCUCGGAGGCAUCGCAGCACUCGGAAAGCGAGAACGAGAGCGUGCGCAGCGAUCCACAUUCAUUUGUGAAUCACUACGCAAACGUGAAUGACUCGCUGCGGCAGUCGUGGAAGAAAACCAAGCCGGUGAGGAACUACUCCAGCUACACCGACUCAGAGCCGGAGGGCAGUGCAGUGAUGAGCCUCAAUGGUGGCCAAAUUAUCGUCAAUAAUAUGGCCAGAUCGAGGGCACCGCUGCCCGGCUUCUCAUCGUUCGUCUGACAAUCAACUGAGUUCUAAGAUCUAAGCACCAGUAGCAGCGGCACCGUCAUCCGGGAGACCUUUGUGUAGAAGGCAGGAAUGAUUAAAUGGAACAUCCGGACGAACCGGAUUGGGAGAAGGAGCUGGAGGCGGCUGGCGAGGAUGGGGAUGAUGAAGAUGAGGAUUUGGAGCAGGAGCAGGAGCAGGAGGGAGCACCGCUUAGCUCUCACAUAUCAGUAAGGACCUCAUCAGCCCCUCCAGCUCUCCGACGAUGCGCUGCUACAGGGAUACAACAUAUAAAUAUUACUAUAUAUAUAUAUAUAUUUAUAUAUAUAUAUAUUCAGACAUUUACGUUUAGUUUUAGUUACUAGUUAGUUACGAGAGAUCUGAGAUUUGCGAGCAUUUAGUUUAUAGGUUUUAGCAUGUUUUUUUUUUACUCUGUGUGUGUUUUUUCUGACUGCUCUCUCCUAUAUUUUGUGUGUAAUUUUAGUAUUUAUUUAUGGCAUGUGUGUGUGACCUGCCACGCCUCCAAAACAAUGGCAUUUAUCGGUAGGGGGCGGCGAUUGUGAAUAGAGAGAGCUUGAUAAAGAGAGAAAGAGAGAGAGGGAGUCCUGUGAUAAAGCAAUGGCCGCCCGAUACAGAAAGUUCUUACAACUGAUUUCCAAGUGUGUUCAUGGCGUGGCAGGCGGACAGGCAGGCAGGCAGGACUUUUGAGUGAAUGUGAAUGAUCUUGAGCGUUUAGUCUGGCGCAAUCUCAUUAUAUUUAAAGAACAAAAAGGACGACUCGCGUAUGUUUAUUAUUAUUAAUAAUCUAUAUAUAUUUUUUUUUGCGAGAAAAACUAGUAAAUCUAGAGGCAGAUGAGAAUAACGAUAGCGAUAAACGAGACAGCAGCCGAUGCAAUCGGUGGGCUCAACGAAGAAAACCCCAAGGAAAAUAGAGAGUUCAAGGGAAACGAAGGUAUACCAGCAGUAUGCAAACGAGAAAAGAAAACACAAAAAUCAUAUCUUGUAAGCAAAAAAAAGAUAAAUGUAUUGUAUUUUUUUUUUCUUUUGGGAAAGACUAACUACAGAUGAGGGGAAGGAGAAGAAGAGCGCUGACAAAGAGGGGAAUGAGAAGGCAUAUAGGAUACACAUAUUCAGAUAGAUUGAUAGGCCAUAUUAAUGCAAUUUUCUUUACCACAUAAGCCACGACAAACAAACAAACAAACAAACAAACGUAAGCAACUGUAACACACACACAAAGCGAGAGAUAAGGCAGGAGGAGAGAUGGUUUUUGGAGCGCAUGCGCAGCGGACUCUAGCACUAGGUACGAUCAGUACGAUCUUGGUAGCAUGUAAGAGGCAUUUUUUUUAUUGUCAGUUUUGGGAACAGUUCCCGUGGUACUCGUAAGCGCGUAACUCUUUGAUCGUUCAACCCGCGUCGCAUCGCGUAUGUGUAAUUGUAACUGUAAUGGUAAUUGUAAUUGUAAUGGUAAUUGUAA